AAUGCCAUGCGCAAUAAUAUAUUCCAAAAUGGCGGAGGUAGAUGAUGGAGAAAGCGAGGGUAGGGUACGUUAUUUUCCGGAAGGCAGCUUGCUUAACACCAUGAUCCUCUCCAUCACCGACUCAGAGAAACGGGCGAGCGAAUACAUAAAGGAGCCCUUUACAGUUUACCUCAUCGAAUCAAAGUACAUAGAUGGGGGGCCCCCAGCUGGUGACCCAGAUAUGUCAUGUAAUCUAUGGCGGAGGUACAGUGAGUUUGAACUCCUUCGCAACUACCUGGUUGCAACCUAUCCUGCUGUGAUUGUGCCUCCUUUACCAGAAAAGCGAAUCAAUCUAUCAGCUCUUAGACUUGCUGCUGACAAGUUUGACCCUGACUUUAUUGAAAAACGAAGAACUGGAUUAGAGAAUUUUCUUCUAAGAUGUGCAGCACAUGGCCAGCUAUCACAGGAUCCUAUUUUUUUAGGUUUUCUUAACAUGGUUGAGGGAUGGAAGGACAGUGUUUAUGCAACUAAUUUUAAUAGCAAGGUUGACUCAAGAUUACGGAGCCUCAGUGCAUCAAUUAGUCUAAAGAAGCCGGACAGGAGAUUUGAGGACAUGAAACACUAUGCUGACAACCUGGGCACUAGUGUUGCAUCAAUGCUUAAAGUCAGACAGCAUAUCAUAGAAUCAACAUUUUCCCUUCACAAGAACCAUGCUGGAUAUGGCAAAACUCUCAGUGAAUGGAGCACACUUGAAAAAGAGAUGGGUGAUGGAUUACAGAAAGCUGGCCACUAUAUGGACAGGUUAUCAGCUUCUGUGGAUAAUGUGUUAGAAGAUGACGAGCUGACAUUUGCAGAUCCCCUCAAGGAAUACCAGUUAUUUGCUGAUGUUCUAAAAAUGGUAGCAAAGAAACAGUGGCUCCGUCAGUAUGAUCUGGAAAAAGCUGAGGAAGCAUUAUCUGCAAAAAACAAGCAGAGGCAAGACCUGGAAACACAAAAACAAGCUGUAGCUGCUGCCACCCCCGUACCCAAAACCAGCAACUUCUCUUUCAAGGGUCUCUCCUCCAUGAUAUUCGGAGCGGAGACACACGACACCCUUGAAGGGAAGAGUAGCGUACUUGAUGAGCAAAUACAAGAAGCUGAGGCGGCAGUGGAGGCGAAGAGGGACGACCUGGAAUUAUUUGUAAAGGAUGUCAUGACAGAUUAUGAACGCUUCAAGAGACAAGAGGUCAGAGACCUGAAGGCCAUUUUAGCCGCUCAUGUAAAGACACAGAUUAAGCUGUGUAAAAUGGGGAUGUCAACGUGGCAGAACAUGAAAGAGACCGCACAGUCAUUGUAAAUAAUUUUAAUACAAACUUCAGCAUCAACUAAGCGGCUUUAUAUAGUUUAGUAUUCGGUUCAAGUUCUACAGAAUCUAUAAUUCAUUCUCUUAUUUUCAAUCAUCCAAGUGACGCAAUCAUUACGAUAGCUUAUAUUCCAUAAUUUGUAUUAAAACGAUAGAGUUGCUAGAAUCAAAUAAAACCUUGAUAAAACUGAA